AUGAGUUUAUUAUUCUUGACCUUAGUUUUAUUAAUAUUAAGAGCAUAUUGUCUGAAUUCGCCAGUGGUCCUUGAUGGAAUAGAGUUCCCACCAUCUUGGCACUUCUUUGAAAAUCAUAAUAGUUUAGAAAGCUACAAAUACGGUUUUUUAAUGCAAACAUUAUUACAUUUGAAAAAAAGGAGUGGGAAAAAUGGUGAGAUUUUCAGUAAUAUAAUGAAUUAUAAUAUAGAGUCUAAGUUUUGUAAAAUAGAUGAAGAUAUUUUUAAUCUACUGAAUAACCCAGUAAUAUUAGUUGAUAAUAUCACGGGUUUAAAAAAGAUUAAUAAUACCCAAAAUGUUUUAUUUUGCCAAGAAAAAACAAAUUUGGAAAAUAGAGAAAAACAAAAGGUCAUCAUUCGAACUUUGAAAAUUAAGUUGGAAAAUGGCAAUAUAAUUAGACUCAUGUUAAACUUUUCAAAAAUUGGGUUGUGGAUUUGGGAUAGUAAUGCUUUGAUAAAAAAUAGUUUCAAAAAUAAUAGCAAAUGUCAUUUAUUAGGUAGUAGAGAUAAAACUAAGAUACUACAAAAAAGUCUGCAUUCUAAAAUCAAAGUUUCAGAACUCCAGAUUGAGGUUCCAUUUUUUAAAUCUAAAUUGGUUUCCCAAAAUAUGUACGAAUUCAUAAUUGAAAAUAAAAUAGAUGGAAUAGUUGGAUUAAAUGACAACUCUAUCCAAGGAGUUGGUAUUUUCGAAACAACUUCAAAAGUAAUCGAACCUUCUGAAGGUAGGUAUAUUAUGUCUUUUGAAUGUAAUCGACUUUUUGAUAAAAACCAAGUAAAUAAAAAUGAAGAUUCUCUAAUUUUUGCAAUUUAUAAUAGCAACACAAAAGAUUAUUUAAAAAAUGAAAAUGAAAUCAUGAGUGGAGAAAAUUAUUCAGUUGUCAAAAUAUUGAUUGAAGAUGAAGUGAGGUCUAAAUUUAAUGUUAAGUUAAGCUUGAACUUAAAUACAUAUGGGGCAAUAAUACCUGAAUUCAGAUUGUUGCAGUUAUUUACAAUUCUAAAUAAGUAUGCAAUUUUAAAAGGGUAUAGCUGUGGAACUAGAAAAACAGUUAUGGGUAGAACUAUUUUCUGUGAUUGUAAUUUUCUAAACAGUGAACUAAACCUUAAGAUAUACAACAAAUUAAACUCAUACUCUAUCGGUUUGAACAACUUUGUAAUUAAUGAUGUUAAAAGCCAAAAGAGCUGUAUAAUUGAGAUUUAUGGAAGAAAGGCAACCGGGAUUAAAUUUGAAGAAAAUUGGGUGUUUGGCCAAGUGCUAUGUAGCGCUAGUAAUAUUAGCCAGUUCUCCAAAACAAAUAAGUCUAGCUGGAGCAUAGGAGCUCCUAAAUUCUUAAAAAAAUAA